CCCGGCGGGCGGGGCCCACGGCUCGGAGGCCGCGCGGAGGAGCGGCGGCAUGGCGGCGGCGGCCGAGGAGCCGAGUCGGGGGUACUGGGACGAGGAGGAGGAGGAGGCAGAGCAGUUGGUUCUGGUGGAAUUAUCAGGAAUUAUUGAUUCAGACUUUCUCUCAAAAUGUGAAAAUAAAUGCAAGAUUUUGGGAAUUGAUACUGAGAAGCCCAUUCUGCAAGUGGACAGCUAUGUCUUUGCUGGAGAGUAUGAAGACACUCUUGGGACCUGUGUUAUAUUUGAAGAAAAUGUUGAACAUGUGGAUGCAGAAGGCAAUAAUAAAACAGUGCUAAAAUAUAAAUGCCACACAAUGAAGAAGCUCAGCAUGACAAGAACUCUUCUGACAGAAAAGAAGGAAGGAGAAGAAAACAUAGGUGGUGUGGAAUGGCUGCAAAUCAAGGAAAAUGAUUUCUCCUGUAGACCCAACAUGAUUUGUAGUUUUCUGCAUGAAAAUGAAGAGGAUGAAGUUGUAGCUCCAGACCCAGAUAAAUCUUUGGAGUUGGAAGAGCAAGAGAUUCAAAUGAAAGAUAAUUCAAACCUGAGUUAUGAACAGGAGAAACCACCGAACUUGGAUAUAGAGGAUUCUGGUCCUCUUAUUGAUAUCCCUUCUGAGACAGAAGGCUCUGUUUUUAUGGAAACUCAAGAAACUGCCUUAGAAAUCACUCCUAGAUGAAAUGUUUCUCAUAAAAACUAGUCAUGAACUUUUUAGAGUUUUUAUAUAAAAUAACUGGCUUUGUAGUUUUCAGUUCACAAUUUUAUUAUUUUUGUUGGCUAUAUACACAUUUCCAAUUAUAAUAUAGUUUAAUAUACUAGAAUCAUUAAGGACCAGAUACGAGUUUUUAAAAAUAUGGUUUCAAUGACUAUAGGGACCCUUCUGUGAUGAGUCCUUUAAAAUGGGGGUUUUACUAAGGUAAGUGUGAGUUUCUAUUGCAGCCACCACAAAUUACCACAGACUUAGUGGCUAAAGUGUAUUAAGCUACAUAAGUGUAUUGUCUUAUAGUUUUGUAGGUCAGCCAUCUGAUAUGGGUCUCACCUGGGCUAAAAUCAAGGUAUUUGCAGAGCUUCAUUCUCUUCUGGACGUGGCGUGGGGGACUCCAUUUCCUUGUUCAUUCAGUUGUUGGCAGAAUUCAGUUCUUUGCAGCUGAAGGAUCACGGUCCCAUUCCCUUGCUGUUGGCUGAGAGCCAUGCCCAGCUUCUAGAGGCUGCCUGCAUUCCUUCACUCAUGGUCCCCUUCUCUUCAAAGCCAGCAAUGGUCAAGUCCCUCUCAGUCUUUGAAUCUCUCCUGCUUCUUCCAUAAUCUUAUUGAUGAUGGACCCUUCUGCCUUCUUUUAAAGGUCCAUUUGAUUACACUGGGCACAUCUGGGUAACUUCCCUAUUUUAAGGUCUAUAACCUUAAUUCCAUCUGCAAAGUCCCUUUUGCCAUGUAAUUUAAACAGGCAUAAAACUGAGAAUUAUGGCAUGAAAAUAUUUAGGGGGCCAUUUUCCAGUCUACCAAAGUCAGUAUUACUCCUGAGAAUAGAAAAAGAAUUCAGAAGUGCUUAAGGGUGAAGGUACAGUUCUGAUAUUCCAGCUGUAAUUUCACUUCUUUCCCACUGAAGAAAGAUGAUUGGAAUUCA